AUGGAAGAGAACGGCUGCAUCAUCCCUCCCUGCAGGAUUAUUGAAGACGAGGUGCUCUCAACGAAGUUGAGAGGAGCCCUGAGAGUUGACUCGAUCGCAGAUUUACCAGAACCGCCAGCGGUAGGGACUUGCAAUCCGUCGGAGGAGGUCGUGGAAUGGCUUCUGUCGUCACCAGUCAAACUGGAGUUUCGAUCGGCGUUGGUUCCCCGCUACGUGGAAGAUGAGCAAUACUGGGUCAACCUUUUCUGGCGCUUUCAAGUGUAUCAAAUGUGCCGGAAUGCCUCUCAACUGUUGGAUGUGAUGGAGAUUCUGACAACUGAGCCGAAACCGCUGGACGCUACAGGUGCGCAGNGAAUGCCUCUCAACUGUUGGAUGUGA